AUGCGGUUCUCACGCAUUGUACCAGUCUUGCCUCUGGCGACUGCAUUUGUCAUUACCGAACCGGAAGUCUUCUCGAACAUUGAGAAGUCUGGAAAGCAGCUUGUUGAUAACGCCCAUACUGUUAUCGACAACGCUCAAAACAUCCUUGACGAUGCUUUCAGCAAGGUCAAGGAUGGCGCCAAGGAUGUUUACAGCAAGAUUCACCAUGCUGGCUGCGACGUUGAGUCGUGGUUAGAGGGCUCUCAAUUUGACGACAGCGUCAUUGACUUCGAGAACCCCGAUCAUCCUCCUCACCACGGACCGCCACACCAUGGCGGACCUCACCACCCUCCACACGACCAAAAGCCGAACCGUACAGUCUACGAGCUCAUCAACGAAAGCAAAUACACCACAAAGCUUGCAAAGUGGAUCAAUGAGUUCGACGAUGUUGUGCAGCUGCUCAACAGCACCAAGGCCAACUACACCGUCUUUGCCCCAACGGACGAGGCUUUUGAGAAGAUUCCCGAGCAUCACCAUAAGCCCUCCAAGGAAAUCUUGAAGGACAUCCUGCUGUACCACGUCACCGAUGACUUGUACCCUGCUGGCCGCGUACUCCACACAUACACCAUCCCAACUCUGUACACACCAAGCAAGAACUUGGGACAUCAGCAGCGCCUCACUGUUCGCGUCACACUCAAGGGCCCCGCGAUCAACUUCUACAGCCGCCUUGUAGCAGUCAACAUCUUCGGUACCAACGGUGUCGUCCACGGCGUCGACUCAAUCCUCGUACCACCCCCCAACGUUGCCUCAAUCAUCGACUUGCUCCCUGGCGAGUUCAGCACUCUUGAGCUCGGUCUCGGAAAGACUGGUCUCUUCGACAAGAUCAACAGCACCGAAUACGAGCACAACGGUGGCACAUUCUUCGCUCCCUCCAACUUUGCGUUCCAGAAGCUUGGUGGGCGUGCCAACGCCUUCUUGUUCUCAAAGUAUGGUGAGAAGUACCUCAAGGCUCUUCUAGAGUACCACAUGGUCGUUGACCAGACACUGUACUCUGACGCCUUCUACGAUGGACGCAAGGACGACAAGGAGACUGUUGAGGAGCGCCCGGGAGGCUACCACUACGACCUCCCCACUGUCCUUUGCCACAAGAACCUCGCUGUUGACGUCGGCCGCUACGGACCUUUCGUUGAGAUUAGGAUCAACGGCUUCUCGCGCGUUACCAUUCACGAUGGUGUAGCUAGCGACGGAGUUAUCCAGGUCGUCUCUAACGUCUUGAUCCCACCCAAGACUUCAGGUGGCGAGCAGGUCUUCUGGAAGGGCGAGGAGCUUGAUGUAGAGGACCUCAAGGAGCGUCUCCAGCCUCUGGUUGAAAACAUGGAGUUGUAA